GCCUGCGGACACAGUACAGGAGAUGACCAGAGCCUGCGGACACAGUACAGGAGAUGACCAGAGACUGCGGACACAGUACAGGAGAUGACCAGAGACUGCGGACACAGUACAGGAGAUGACCAGAGACUGCGGACACAGUACACGAGAUGACCAGAGACUGCGGACACAGUAAAGGAGAUGGCCAGAGACUGCGGACAUACACUUGUUGGGUCAGAUUUGUGUACAAUGUAAAGAGAGAUAGGGGGAGAGAUAAGGAGGGGGGAGAGAGAGAUAGAGAGAGAGAGAUAGGGGGAGAGAUAAGGAGGGGAGAGAGAGAGAGG